AUGUCCGCCACCGCUGUACCGGAGAAGACUCCUGAUGACUCUUCCAAGUUGAAGACUUUCCUCUCCAUCCUGCGAAAGUUCGUGGGCGUCGCAGAUAUCGCUUCGGUGCGCUUCUCGUUGCCAGCUCAACUCCUGGAACCCCGACCGAAUUUGGAAUACUGGAACUAUCUGGACCGGCCAGAGACGUUUGCCAGUAUCGGCAAAUCGGACGAUGAACUGGGUCGGAUGCUGGAAGUGUUGAGGUUUUGGUUUACCAAGGAUCUGAAAUAUGUCAAGGGAAAGCCAUGCAAGCCAUACAACUCCACGUUGGGCGAGUUCUUCCGAUGCCACUGGGAAGUUCAGGACCAUGUCCCCGAAGAGGCCAACCUCCCCGGAGUACCGGCUACCGCGAACGGCACGAGUGUCCAGGAUGGUGACGACAAGGUCAAAAUUUGCUACUUGACGGAACAGACUUCGCAUCAUCCCCCCGUUUCGGCCUUUUACAUUGACUGCCCCGAGCGCGGGGUCUCGGCACGUGGGUUUGAUCAGAUCAGCGCCAAAUUCACCGGUACCAGCAUUCGUGUCAGUCCCGGACAGCACAAUCUCGGCAUCUUCCUCAACCUCGAAAAGCGCGAUAACGAGGAAUACCAAUUAACACACCCAGACGUCCAUCUCGGCGGUCUGUUGCGCGGUGCCCUCGCCAUCACCGUCUCGGAUACAUGCUUCGUAACCUGCCGCAAGACGCGCAUCAAAGCCAUCCUGCAAUAUCUGGAAGAGGGUUGGAUCGGCAAAGCUCAGCAUAAACUCGAGGGCGUCAUUUUCCGCUACGAUCCCGAGAACGACAAUAUCACACGGCUGAAAGAUGUUCCCGAACGGGACGUGCUUGCGCGAGUCAGCGGGUCCUGGCACGGCAAGGUUCACUACACCCCCGCGGGUUCAAAGGAACCUCGCCUCCUGAUUGAUGUCACGUCCCUGUACCCCGUGGAGAAAGCCAUUCCUCCCCCAGAGCAACAAUUGCCCAACGAAUCCCUCAAGUUCUGGGGCCAAGUCACCAACGCGAUCGUCGGCAAGCAGUUCACCGAAGCCACUCGACUCAAGCAGGAGAUUGAAGAGCGACAGCGGCAAAAGGCCGCCGAACGCAAGGAAAAGAACGAAGAGUGGAAGCCACGCUUCUUCGUCGGUGCUACCGACCCGCUGGGCAAGCCGGAAUUGACCGAGGAAGGAGAAAAGGCUCUCCAGGGCAUUCGCACGGGUAACUACACGCUGGACGAGAACAAAGUGCUGGGCGCAUAG